AUGAAAUUCCCGGGUUCCGUCCUCAUCUCCCUCGUCCUCUUCGUGGCCGAGACGGCGACCGCGCUGUGCCUGAGCGGCGCGUACCGGGCGGCGGGGGACCGCAUGUGGCAGUGGCUGACGCUGCUCUUCGCCCUGCUGCCCUGCGCGCUGGUGCAGCUCAGCCUGGUCUUCAUCCACCGCGACGUGAGCCGCGACCGGCCGCUGGUGCUGCUGCUGCACCUGCUGCAAUUGGGGCCGCUCGUCAGGUGUGUGGAAGUCUUUUACAUUUACUUCCAUGCCGGCAGAGUUGAAGAGCCCUAUGUCAGCAUCACAAAGAAGAGGCAGAUGCCCAAGGAUGGGUACUCAGAAGAAGUUGAGAAGGAAGUGGGCCAGGCUGAAGGCAAGCUGUGUACCCACAGGUCUGCAUUCAGCAGGGCCUCUGUGAUCCAGGCAUUCCUUGGCUCAGCACCACAGCUCACACUCCAGCUCUACAUCUGCGUCCUGCAGCAGGAGAUCACGGCUGCCAGAAGUAUUUUUAUGGUUCUUUCUCUUCUGUCAAUUGUAUAUGGCGCCUUACGCUGCAACAUCUUGGCUAUUAAGAUUAAAUACGAUGAUUAUGAUGUCAGUGUGAAACCAGCUGCCUACCUCUGCAUAUUCAUGUGGAGAAGCUUUGAGAUUGCUACACGUGUUACAGUGCUGGUCCUUUUCAGCUCAGUACUUCAGAUCUGGACUCUCCCUGUUGUGCUAGUGAAUUUCUUUGGUUUUUUCUUUUAUCCAUGGAUUCUCUUCUGGCAAAGCAAGUCCCCAUUUCCUGAGAACAUAGAGAAGGCACUGAGCAGGGUUGGCACUACUAUUGUCUUGUGCCUUCUUACCUUCUUGUAUGCAGGCAUUAAUAUGUUCUGCUGGUCGGCAGUGCAGGUGAAGCUCAAUGAUCCUGACUUAAUUAACAAAUCCCAAAAUUGGUACCGAUUGACUGUGUAUUAUAUGCUGAGAUUCAUCGAGAAUGCAUUCCUCCUGCUGAUGUGGUACAUCUAUAAAACUGAUAUCUACUUAUAUGUCUGCGCCCCGUUGUUGGUCUUGCAGCUCCUGAUAGCUUACUGUAUGGCUAUCCUCUUCAUGUUGGUGUUCUACCAAUUCUGCCACCCAUGCAAAAAACUGUUCUCAUCCAGCAUUACCGAAGGUUUGCUGUCCUGUUUCAUGUUCUGCUUUAUUUGCAAGUCUCCCAAAUCCUCCACCCUGACAGACAAAGCGGAUUUGAAAUCAUCUGAAAAUGCUGAUGAGUCACAGAGCAGUAACAAGACAAUAGAUUCUCCGAAUGGGAAUCCUCAUCAAAGUGUUUCUUCCAAUGCCUAGUUCAACUGGAAGCAAGUCUGUGCCUUUGGAACGUGGCAGAUCAGCUGCUGGGAAUGUUGGGCCUCAUGGAUAUUGUGUCUUGUGGAUGGGAUUUCUUUCUUGCAGGUGUACACUGCAUGACAAGUGACAAGCCUA